AAGUGUCAAAGCCACCGCCCUACCGACUUGCAACCGGUCGGGUCAAACUACAGGCGAGCACCGCGUCGUCGUCGUCGUCGUCGUGGUCAGUGCUUACUUUUUGGGCAUCUGCGUUUUUCGACUCGUCAGCUGGUCACUCGUCGGUCACUUUGUGAAUCGAGGUAGCCGAGUCGCUACCGCAAGCUCCGUUGCUGCCUCUGCCGCUGCCGGUUAUCCGACUGGCAAAGACGAGAUCGACUGCCCGCCCAACCGAACCAACACUAAGGAACGCCCGUCAGACGUGGGGCCUUUUCUCUGA